CAUACUAGUGGAAAAUUCCUCCAUUCAUUUAAAAAGAUAAACAGUUGUAACUUUCAAAUUUGGUUAAUGCGACAUCUAUUACUGGCUGGGGCUGUCAGCAUUCCAAAAAAGGGAUAUCACCCUGAUCUCCAGCCUAUCAGGAUGCACUAGGCUGAGCCUUGGAAGGGAAACCUAAACAUUACAGGUGUAUAAGUACCAGAGCUAGCCAGCACAGAUGAUGCACCUGUCUCAGGGAAAGGAGUAACACAGGUGUGUUGAAACUUGGUCAACUGCCAGAGCUAGAUUAUGAGCUCAUUUGAUCCACAGAUACACUCACCACACCGCUGCAGCCCGCAAUUUCCUAACAUUGGGCAGGAACCUCCUGAAAUGAACAUCUACUAUGAAAAUUUCUUUCAUCCACAGAAUAUUCCUAGUCCACAGAGGCCUACAAACUUUGAAACAGGGGACUACAAUUCUACACCCAACCCUUACUUGUGGUUAAAUGGACCUUCCAUUAACAGUCCACCUUACCUACCGGGAACCAAUGGCAGCCCAUACAUCCCACCAGCCUAUGGGAUGCAAAGGCAGCUCUUGCCUAACAUGCACGGCUUGGCAGGGAAUGAAAUGGGCUGGCUCCCAAUGCCUUCUCAAGAAGAACUGAUGAAGCUGGUCAGGCCACCUUAUUCCUAUUCUGCGCUCAUUGCCAUGGCCAUCCACGGAGCCCCGGACAAGAGACUGACCCUCAGUCAAAUCUACCAGUAUGUCGCUGACAACUUCCCAUUCUACAACAAAAGCAAAGCUGGUUGGCAGAAUUCAAUACGGCACAACUUGUCUCUCAAUGACUGCUUCAAGAAAGUGCCUCGGGAUGAAGAUGACCCAGGGAAGGGCAAUUACUGGACUCUGGAUCCAAACUGUGAGAAGAUGUUUGACAAUGGAAACUUUCGACGGAAGAGGAAGAAGAAGUCUGACUGCAGCACCAGCACAGCGUCUCUUGCUUCUGACAAAUCGGAGGACAGCGCCUUAACUGGCAGCCCCAAGGCGGCAGCAGAGCACCAAGACAUGCUGGAGAACUCAUCUUCUGGAGCAGAGAGCUCCCCUGAAAAGAGAUCUCCACCACCAUCUUCCACCACUCCCUGCCUCAACAACUUCUUGUCCAGCAUGACAGCUUAUGUGAAUGGGUCCAAUUCAGUCAGCCGCUCAGUGGCCCUCGGACUUGGCACCGAUGCUGGUGACAAAAUGGGACAGAACGUGGUAGGCUUCAACUCAUACACCCCUCUUGCUAACAUCUCCAGCCACGGCAGUGGAGAGCCAUGGUCCAAUUCCAUGUCCUCUGGUCAUCUUGGCUAUGGCAGCUCAGUUCUCAACCAGUUCAACAGCAGCUUUUACAACAGUCUCGCUGCAAAUAAUACUCUAUAUUCCAGAGAGGGAACUGAGGUGUAAACAGAGGGAGGUCUUGUGAAAAGAGGGGAAACAGUAAGGAUACAGGGAGAAAAAUAUUGUCGGGAAAGGUGCUUCACGUUAGCCCCCUCACUUCUUUCUAUUUAUGUUAAGUUACACCAAAAAGGUAUCUCUGUCAUGGCCAAUGUUUUCAGGUAGUGGUAUUCAUAGGCCACAAAGGCUUCAAGCUGCACUGUACAGCCAUGACUAACAGCAGACUUCCGCUUGUCUUAGGAUCUGUUCAGGACAGCAUAUCAUUUUUAACUCCAUAGUAAUCACUGCUUCAAUACUUUCUGCCAUUAAAACAGAAUGGAAUCAUCACUUUA